GGGAGGGAGCGGGAUUGGGUGACAGGAACGCCACUGAGGCUCGGCAAGCUGGGGGGAAGAGUGCAGGCGGCUUUAUAAACACGGUGGGGGGCUGACAGCGGCUCCAAAUUUAACUAGGAAAGAGUAGGCCGGGAUGAGCGAACAGACUGGCGCUGCAGGGGCGGCUGGGGAGAUGUCUGGGCGGCGGAAGAGCAGUGUGGCCGAGGAGCUGCCGCCGCCGAUGAUCAGCGUGGACGUGGCUAGCAUCCUUGUACAGUUUGCCAAGACUUUUGUGAUUAUCUUCCCGGUUUACGUGCUGGGCUACCUGGGGCUGAGCUUCAGCUGGGUCCUGAUCGGGCUGGUCGGCUUCUUCUGGUGGCGGAGGAACCGGGGCAAGAAGCGCUCCCGCCUGUACAGGGCGCUGGCAUUCCUGGAACAUGAAGAGAAGCCCUUCAAGAGUAAUAUCUCCAGCUCCGACCUGCCGGCGUGGGUUCACUUCCCAGAUGUGGAGAGGGUGGAAUGGUUAAACAAGACAGUGAAACAUCUAUGGCCAUAUGUCAGUCAGUUUGUGGAGAAAUUGUUUAAAGAAACAAUUGAACCAGCUGUGAGGGGAGCGAACAGCCAUCUCAGUACGUUUACCUUCACAAAGAUUGAUAUGGGAAGCAAGCCUCUACGAAUUGAUGGGAUUAAGCCGUACAUAGAAAAUGUGGACAACAGACAAAUUAUAUUAGACCUUCAGAUCAGCUAUGUUGGAAACUGUGAUAUAGACAUUGAGAUCAAAAGGUACUUUUGCAGAGCUGGUGUAAAAGGCAUCCAGAUGAACGGCACACUUAGAGUAAUUCUGGAGCCCCUCAUCGGUGACAUGCCUUUGGUUGGGGCACUAACACUCUUCUUUCUCCGCAGACCUUUACUUGCCAUUAACUGGACAGGACUAACAAAUCUUCUGGAUAUCCCUGGCUUGAAUGGAUUGUCAGAUACAAUUAUCCUUGAUAUAAUUUCCAACUAUCUGGUACUUCCAAAUCGUAUCUCUGUGCCACUUGUGAGUGAGGUGCAGUUGACUCAGCUGCGGUUUCCUGUACCAAAAGGGUUUCUAAGAAUAUACUUCAUUGAAGCUCAAGAUCUGAUGUGGAAGGACACAUAUAUGAAAGGACUUGCAAAAGGAAAAUCUGACCCUUAUGGCAUUGUUCGUAUUGGUAACCAGAUGUUCCAAAGCAAAACUAUCAAGGAAAAUUUGAAUCCAAAGUGGAAUGAGGUUUAUGAGGCAUUGAUCUAUGAAAAUCCUGGCCAGUUACUUGAGAUUGAACUCUUUGAUGAAGAUCCAGACAAAGAUGAUUUCCUUGGCAGCCUUAUGAUUGACCUUGUUGAAGUUCAGAAGGAACAGUUAAUUGAUCAGUGGUUUGAUUUGGAUGAGGUGACCAGAGGAAAAUUACACUUGAAAUUGGAGUGGCUAUCUCUGCUGUCAGCAGCUGACGUUCUGCCUCAGGCAAUGGCUAGCACCAAAGCUAUCAAAGGAACUGCCAAUGAUGGGCUUUCCUCUGCCUUACUCAUCGUCUAUCUCGACUGUGCCAAGAAUCUGCCACGAAAUCCAUUUGAAUUUAACCCUGAACGCAUGAAGAAGGCCAGUAUUUCCAAAUCUGUGAAGUUUGGGAAGAAAAUGAACAGUGAGCCAAACCCAUUUGUCCAGCUGUCAGUGGGACAUAACACAUAUGAAAGUAAGAUCCGAUAUCGGACCACGGAACCUGUCUGGGAGGAAGCAUUUACUUUCCGUAUUCACAACCCACAGAUUGUAGAUCUGGACAUUGAGGUUAAAGAUGACCAUCACCAGUGCUCACUCGGUUCAUUUAAUCUGCCUCUGGAGAAGCUGUUGGAAGCUGAAGAUCUAACUAUGAACCAGCGGUUCCAAUUGAACAAUUCUGGUCCCAGCAGCACUCUCAAGAUGAAGAUAAUGCUUCGAAUUCUUGCCAUUGAAAAGAAAGACAAAGCUACAGAUAAUUCCUCAGCUCAAUUAAAGAAGCAAUCAUCACAAAGCAAGGACAGCAGGAGGUCAACGCCAAAAAUGCAGCCAGUCACCCCCACAGAAUCAAACAAACCAGCCCUUUCUGUUCCUGCUACAGCCAGUGUCAAAAAGGAUGAGAAGAUGGACAAGGUGGAGAUCAGCAGUACUUCUUCCCAGAGUCCCCAGAGGUCCACGAGUCUUCAACAAACUUCACUGACUCAUGUUACGUCUAGUCCAACAGACUCUCCUUCACACCUUGCGGUCAAAGAAUCAACCCCAAGUAUCGCAUCUGACAUAUCACUACCCUUUGCUACACAGGAGUUACACCAGAGGCUACGUCAACUGCAGAAUGGAACAACUCUUGGCCAGUCACCACUGGGUCAGAUUCAACUGACACUUCGGCACAGUUCUCAAAGAAACAAGCUGAUUGUGGUUGUGCAUGCUUGCCGUAACUUAAUAGCAUUUUCUGAAGAUGGCUCAGAUCCAUAUAUUCGAUUAUAUUUGCUGCCUGACAAAAGAAGAUCAGGAAGGAGAAAAACAUCUGUGGUGAAACGGCAGUUAAAUCCAGUCUACGAUGAAACAUUUGAGUUCAUUGUCUCACAAGCAGAGGUACAGAAGAGGACUCUGGAUGUAGCUGUAAAGAAUAGUGGUGGCUUUUUAUCAAGGGACAAAGGAUUGCUGGGAAAGCUCUUAAUAGAAAUGACUGAGGAAGUGACUAAAGGCUCCACACAGUGGUAUGACCUGACAGAGGAUGGGACAAGGCACCAGCCCCAGACCUAGAGGAAGUACUAACCCAGUAUCAAUAUCAUUGGUCUCCAAGGCUUUCAGCUUUUUCAGAAAAUUAUUCUGGGAGCACCAGCAUCACAUCUAAAGCUUUGCACACGUGCCAAUGAAUGCACCACAGAUUUUUCAGAAAAUGCCAUCUUCCCCACAUAUAUUUACUGAGUUUUGCACUGCUUCUUGCUUUUUAAAAACACCUUUUAUUAGUUAAGAUUUUUAAAAUUUUUUUUAAAUUAAAACGAUUACUGAUAGUACAGUGAAUAACCUGUGGUGUACAUGCUGACUGUCCCCUUGGUCAAAAAAAUCUUUCCUGUAUAAGACUGUAAAAUACUGCAAGGUAGAAUGUUGAUCCAGAAUUACAUCAGCCUUAUUUCCUGUAGGUUUGCAAUGUAUAAUGUGUAAAUACAGCAAAUAUGAUUUAUGUAUUGAGUAUGCAAAGUCAGAUGUUUGUGAAGGUUAUGGAAAGAAGGAUAUUGCAUUUAUUAAAGUGGCAGGCAUGUCUCGCUGAGCAGUUGCCUUGUGCUCUUUCUGGUAGCUCUGUAGUAUAUAAUUCUACAUUAAAGUAUGUUCUGUGAAAUGAAAUAUAUAGGGCUUAUUGACAUGUCAGGUCUAACACGUUACGCAGUGCACUUUGCAGUGAGAAAGGAAUACAAGCCAUGGAGCAGGAAACCGAAACUUUUCAGUUGGCACUCUUCAGAAAUCACUGCAGGGAUUCAAAACCAAUUAUUUAUUUUAGUUUUGACAUUCUACUGUAGAGCUGUGAGCACUAUUUAAUGAAGACAUCAAUUACGGGUAGGUAUAGGUGACUUGAGCCUCAAGCCUUCUCUGAUAAUUCAUUACAUGAUGAUAGUUGAUCCAAUUAUUAUUUCAGCUCUCCCAUCUAAUGCUGGAGACCUUUUACCCCCUCUUGUUUAUCAAAAACCUAUCUACCUCUGCCUUAAAACUAUUUAAUGUCUCACUUUCCACUGCCCCUUUAGGAAGAGAGUUCUGGAGAAUCUCAAUCCUCCAGAGAAAACAUUUUGCCUUGCCUAAGUUAAGUGAGUGACCCAUUAUUCUUAAACUGGGCCACUAAUUCUAAAUUCUCCCACAAGAUAAUGUAUCCGCCCCACAUCCACCCUGUCAAAAUACUUUGGGCUACUUUCAUUAAAUUGCCUCUGGCUCUUAAACACAGUUAUAUACAAGCCUAGUAUGUACUCAAGAUGACCCAUCCAUUCCAGAUAUUACUCUACUACACUUAACAUGAACUGCUUUUGUUGUAUUUACAUCUCUCUUUAAAUAUGGUGACUAGUGCUGUGCAAGGUGUUCUAGCUGUGGCCCUUUUUAACUGAAUGAUAACCAUUGCACUUUGAUAUUCAAUCCUUGCAUGAAAUGCUAACUUUCUUUUAGAUUUCUCAAUUACAUGCCUGAUGUUCACAUUACCUUUUGCAAAUCAUGCACAGAACACCCAGAUCCCUCUGCAUCUCAAAAUUCUGUAAUCUCUCAUCUUUUAGGUAAUAUGCAUUUUUUAUUCUAACUGCCAAAAUUAUCAAUUUCACAUUAUACUCCAUUUGCCCACUUACCUAUACAUUUUCCUUUCAUCUCCUAUGUCCUGGAAGUUCUUUACUCAGACAUUAUCCCUCAACCUCUACAGUUAUAAUUAUGCUCUUCCCAUAAACUUUCACCAUGCACUGAUGGGAUCCUGUUUCCAGAUUGUUCUUUGUUGGGGAUGUGUUGAUUGUGUCCUCAGUUUCCUUUCUUUGUAGGCAUGAAUGAGGUCAGAAUCCAUUUUUAUAGUAAAUCAGAAGAAAUGUUCAGAGAAUAGUAUUUAUGUACCAUUAUGGCACUGGAAUCCCAUACUACAGGUAUUGUGCGUGGGUGCAUAUGUGCAUAUUAAAUGUCUUUGAGAUGUUGCUAUUCUUUUAAAU